AUGGCUUUCAACAAUCCACAUUCGAUCAUUGUUUGUUCACUUUAUCUCAUCGUCACUGCAUUAUUGCUUUGUUGGUAUAUGUUGAUGACAUUCUUCUCACCGGCACUGACUUUGUGGAAAUCACAGCAGUCAAGGAAUUCCUUUUAUCAGGAGUUUACUAUUAAAAAUCUUGGAGAGUCUGAUCUGUUCCUUGGUAUCCAGAUCACAAACACACCUGCUGGUCCCAGUGUCUCUCAACAGAAGUUCAUUGAUGACAUCCUUGAUGAAGCUGGUCUUCGUGAUGCCACUCCUUGUGCCACACCUUUCACUAUUGGAUGCAAAUUACAGCAUGAUAAGGGUGAUCCUUUACCAAAUCCAGAAAACUACAGACGCAUUGUUGGUCGCUUGCUCUAUCUCACAAUGACUAGGCCGAACAUUUUCUACGUUGUGCAACAACUCUCUCAAUUCAUGGCAUCCCCGAUAUCCCUACAUUGGAAGGUUGUGCAAAGGAUUCUCAAAUAUCUCAAAGGUACCAAGUAUCUUGAACUUCUUUUUCCUUCUACUGGGGAUCUCAAUUUGGCUGCCUACUCGGAUGCUGACUGGGGAUGUUGCUUAGAUACCAUAAAAUCUCUCAUUGGUUACUGCAUAUGUCUGGGCUCUUGUCUUAUUUCUUGGAAGACAAAAAAGCAACCCACAGACUCUAAAUCCUCCGCCGAAGCCGAAUAUUGUGCAUUAGCUUCUACUGUGUCUGAACUACUUUGGCUCACCUAUCUCCUCAGGGAUUUUCUCAUUCAGGUGUCCCUGCCCAUACCACUUUACUGUGACAAUCAAUCCACCAUUCAUAUGGUUCACAAUCCGGUGCAUCACGAGAAAACCAAACACAUUGAUAUAGACUGUCACUUUGUUCGGAGUCACUUCCAAUCUGGACUCAUCGAACCUACAUUUGUGCCUUCCCACCAUCAACUAGCUGACACCUUCACUAAACCUUUGUCUUCUGCAGCUCUUCAAAAGUUUCAUGUUAAGAUGAACUUGGGCUCCUCAAUCCAAGUUUCUCUUGAGGGGGGAGUGAAAAAAGAAGAAGAUGGAUUCGUAACUGAUUGGGCUCCACCUUGA